GCGCGCAUUGGCUGGCUGAGAAAUGCGCACGUGGGUCAGGGUAAACAACAAGCCAGUGCGCCCCCGUGCGUGUCCGGUCAGCGGAACCUCGGUAAAGCCUCGCGGACUUUACUGGUGCACAGACACGGCGGAACAAUGCUGCUCGGAAAGCUGGUUGUUUGUGUUUUCCUGCUGGUGCUCGGACCCCGUGUGUGUGGAGGUUACGUAUUUCAGGCAAUACAGCCGACAGAAGACAAGGACGAGAUUCCUUUAACCCCUAAAAUUUCCAAAUGGGAGAGCACAGCUGGAUCAUGUAAGGGGCGGUGCUUUGAGCUGGUAGAGGCGGAGCCUCCUGGGUGCAGGUGUGAUAAUCUGUGUAAGACGUACUAUAGCUGCUGCACUGACUUUGAUAAACACUGCCUCAAAACCGCUGGAGGUUUUGAGUGUACUGCCGAGCGGUGUGGAGAGAAACGAAAUGAGGACUACGCCUGCCAGUGUUCAGAGGACUGUUUGGAGAAAGGAGACUGCUGCACAAACUACAAAGCUCUCUGCAAAGGUGAGAGUCAGUGGUUGGAUGGAGACUGUGAGGAGAUUAACGCGCCAGAAUGUCCUGCAGGAUUUGUGCGUCCUCCUCUCUUUAUCAUAUCUCUGGACGGAUUCCGCGCCUCCUACAUCAAGAAAGGAAAAUCUGUCAUUCCAAACAUCCAUAAACUGAGAACAUGUGGGACUCGCUCUCCUCACAUGAGACCUAUGUAUCCUACAAAAACAUUUCCAAACCUCUACACGCUCGCCACGGGACUGUACCCAGAGUCUCACGGCAUUGUGUGUAACUCCAUGUACGACCCAGUGUUCGAUGCAAACUUCAACCUGCGUGGGAGAGAAAAGCUCAAACAUCGCUGGUGGGGUGGACAACCUAUCUGGAUAACGGCAGAGAAGCAGGGGGUGAAAGCAGCUACGUUCUUCUGGCCUUGGGUGAUUCCACUGGAGAGAAGGAUUCUGACUAUGCUAAGCUGGCUCCACCUGCCUGAUGAUAAAAGGCCGUAUGUGUAUGCAGUCCACUCAGAGCAGCCCGAUACGUUCGGACACAGGCUGGGGCCCCUCAGCAGUGAGUUGGAUAACCCCUUAAAGGAGAUUGAUAACAUCAUUGGUCAGCUGAUGAAUGGUCUGAAACAGAUGAACCUGCACCGCUGUGUAAAUGUCAUCAUAGUGGGCGAUCACGGAAUGGAGGAGGCCCACUGUGACCGUACAGAGUAUCUCAGCUCAUAUGGACUCAAUGUUAAUGACUUUACACUCAUCCCGGGAUCAUCUGGAAGACUGCGUUCCAGAAACCAGAGCAUGCCAUAUGACCCAAAAGAACUUGUAGCCAAUUUAACAUGUAAGAUGCCCAACCAGCACUUUAAAGCCUAUCUGAAGCAGCACCUACCCAAGCGGCUGCACUAUGCCAACAACCGCAGGAUAGAGGAUGUACACCUGCUCAUGGAGAGGAAGUGGCUCGUAGCCAUGAACCGGUUACCGGGCAGCUGUGGCUACUUUGGCGAUCACGGCUUUGAUAACAUAAUUAACAGCAUGCAGACCAUCUUUUUGGGAUACGGGCCGAGCUUCAAGUUCAGGACAGAAGUUCCUCCUUUUGAGAAUAUCGAGCUUUACAACGUAAUGUGUGACCUCCUAGGCUUGACUCCUGCACCUAAUAAUGGCACACACGGCAGUCUGAACUCCGUGCUGAAACACCCUUCUUAUACGCCCAUACAGCCAGAGGAAGUGACAUCACCAAAGCCUCUGGAGCCUGCUGCUGCUGCUUCACUGGCCUUUUACAACCUGGGCUGCAGCUGUGAUGAUGAGAAUAUGAUUGAGGAGAGCACCGAUGGAUUUUUCUCAGAAGGCGCUGCUUUGUUAAACAACGCGACUCACCUGCCGUUUGGCCGCCCAGCCGUUUUGUUCCAGACUUCUUACUCUUUGCUUCAGCACUCGGAUUACAUCAGCGCAUACAGCUACGAGCUACACAUUCCUCUGUGGACUGCAUUCACUAUUACCCCGCAGAUAGAGAGUACUGCUACACCUCUUCCAGUCUCUGAGUGUGUAAGAGCAGACAUUCGAAUUCCUCCCAAACACACACAGACCUGCGACUCCAACAACCAGGAUCACAAGAUCAUCCGUGGAUUCGUGUACCCACCUGGUUUCUCCAUCACUCCUGAAUCCAGUCAUGAUGCUUCUUUGAUCACCAACACGGUGCCCAUGUAUCCUGCUUUUAAGAGAAUAUGGAGCUACUUGCAGAUGACAGUAUUGAGGCGCUACAGUGAAGAGAGGAACAGCAUUAAUGUUGUCACUGGACCCAUAUUUGAUUAUGACUCUGAUGGACUACGAGACACGGUGGAGAAAAUCAGAGGACAUGAAGGCGACUCUGCUCCGGUCCCCACUCAUUUAUACCUUAUAAUAACAAGCUGUGAACUGGAGAACACCACAGUGGAGGAGUGUGAUGGCUCCAUUUCCACGGUUUCUUUCAUCCUUCCACAUCGGCCUGAUAACUCAGAAAGCUGCCACAGUUCAGAGGAACCAUCUCAAUGGGUGGAGGAGAUCCUGCGCACUCACACGGCUCGUGUACGUGACGUGGAACUGCUCACCGGACUCGACUUCUACCGCUCGCUCUCGCUGCCCUACACAAACACGCUUGCGCUGAAAACCUAUCUGCACACGUUCGAGGAAAACAUCUAACACCUGGUGGCGCAGCAUUACUAAACACCACAUCACCUCUCUUCCUGAUGAUUAGGUGUAUAGUUUUUAUACAGUUUAUCAUAUUUAUUGUUCAUUUCAAACUAAAUAAUGAUGGUACAGCGUUUCAAACAGUUCAACUUUAGACUCACUAAAUCUAGGGAGCGUGAAAUAUAGUGCGUUGUUGUUAGUACCUUUGUGAGUGUGUAUUUUCUUGUGUGCGUGUGUGUUGUAAGUUAACAUUUUGUUAGCAUGCAUUUGCUAGCGUGUUGCUACACUCGUGUAUUUGAAAUUGAAACAAUUGCGUUUACGUAUUUCUAAAUUAGCAGUGAAUCACCUCUUUCCCACCAACUGGCCACACCCUUUUUGUUGGAAACGUACGCCUUGCGAAUGAAAGCUAAUUUCUGAGUAAGUAAGCUAUAAAAUAGAGACAAACUAAAAAAAAGCUAGUCAUAUCCUCUUCGUAGCAUCAUUAAGAGUCAGUGUUUUUAAAAGUAUUGUCUUUGUGUAAUUCAUAUAGAUAUAAAUAUAUUUUUAGCAAAUUCCAGAAAAUGCUAAUUUAUCUGACGAGGCAGCUUUGCAGCAUUACAAAAUCACAAAGCUUGUUAAAUUGUUUGGAUUAGUGUACAGUUCUCUGCACCCCUGAAGCCGAGAGUGUUUAGGACCUUACUCAAGGGGUAUGCCAGUAGCAUCAUCCAAUAUUUAUGUAUCGAAACGCUAAUUAACCGGCAAAACUAGCUAGAUAACUAAUGCUACUUACUGAGGUUCAUGAUUGUUUCAUUAAGUUAAUUUAACCAAUGGAAUGACUUCUUUGUUCACAAAUACGACUAUUUAAGCUAGUCAAACAUAUAUUUGUAAAUGGAUCCUUUAUUCAAGUAAUCAUGUUUUAAUAAUUUCAUUAAAUUUGCUUUCUGUGAAAAGAA